UCACUGUGAAUAAAGUUUUCCGAUCUUGAAUGCCAAAAUGGCAGCCGGCAAAGCGUCCUUGGUGGCUGUAAGUGUUCGGUGUAUUUUUAAGAAUAACCUCUUUCCACGGGCCGCAGUAUAUCCAUGCUUCGAUAACGCCACAAAACGAGGAUUUGCAUCAAGUGUACUGUCUCACUCCAUUGAAGACCCCAUAGCAACUAACACUCCAAGCAACAGUUUCAGUGGACCUCUCGAACACUACAACAGUCUCAUUGACAGUGGAGUGCUACAAGAUGACCAACAGCAAAGAAUUGUUCUGCAGGAUCUGGAUCUGAUGCAGAAAAAUCUCAAGGGAUAUAGCAAUGAACCUGCAUCAUUUAUUUCAAGAUUAUUCUCCAGACAAAAGCCACCUAAAGGUUGCUACAUCUAUGGUGAUGUAGGUACUGGGAAAACCAUGGUGAUGGACAUGUUUUACAAUCAUGUAGACAUCACGAGGAAAAAGAGGGUCCACUUCCAUGGAUUUAUGUUAGAUGUGCACAAAAGAAUCCAUCGUCUUAAACAGAGCAUGCCCAAAAGAAAGGCAGGGAAAAUGGCAAAGGCCUAUGAUCCUAUCGCACCAGUUGCAGAGGAAAUCAGUGAGGAGGCUUCCCUGCUAUGCUUUGAUGAGUUUCAGGUCACAGACAUUGCAGAUGCCAUGAUUCUCAAGCAGCUCUUUGAAAACCUCUUUCUCCAUGGUGUUGUAGUUGUAGCCACAUCCAACAGACAUCCAGAUGAUUUGUACAAGAAUGGAUUACAGAGAGUGAACUUUGUGCCGUUCAUUGCUGUGCUCAAGGAAUAUUGUAAAAUACUUCGUCUUGACUCUGGAAUAGAUUACCGCAAAAGAAAUCGACCUGCAGCUGGAAAGCUCUUCUACCUAACCAGUGAAGACAAUGUAGAUGCAACUUUAGAUAAGCUCUUUGAUGAAAUGGCUUUCAAGCAGAAUGACAUAACUCGUCCCAGAUCUCUAAAGGUACAUGGCAGGACUGUGACUCUGAACAAAGCCUGUGGGACCAUUGCAGACUGCACAUUCGAGGAGCUGUGUGACAGGCCUUUGGGAGCCAGCGACUACUUAGAAAUCUCGGCGGUGUUUGACACAGUGUUCAUCCGCAAUAUUCCUUUACUCACAUUAAAUAAGAAGACCCAGGCCAGGCGCUUUAUCACUCUCAUUGAUGCAUUUUAUGACCACAAGGUACGAGUAGUGUUACAAGCCGAGGUGCCUUUAGAGGAUCUGUUUGUGAAUGAAGGACACCAUGAUGAUGAAAGGAACAUUUUAAUAGAUGAUCUGGGCUUAAAAAGGGAUGCAGCAAGUUCACUGUCAAUCUUCACCGGCGAGGAAGAGGUGUUUGCCUUCCAGCGUACAGUCUCACGCCUCACAGAGAUGCAGACAGAAGAGUACUGGGUGGAAGGGGAUCGGAGCUCUUCAUAGCACACAUCAGUACCAACUCCAUAUACAGUGGCUCUGUGUCACCUUCCAGAGAUCCAUAGUUCUCUGUUUUGGGAGGGCUUUGCAUCAUCGCUAUUAACAAUAUUUUAUUCAGAACUGUACAAUAUUUUACUCUGCUGCACUUUAUUCUAUGCCAAUGGAAUGCAUUCAGUUAUUUGAAUGCAGUUUUAACCUCUUUAUUUAUCAAAUGUACAAAGAAUUUGACUUGCCAUAUCAACACAGCAACAUUCAGAACAUUCAGCGCAACAACAUACAUUAUACAUACAUCCCAUCUACACUUUCACUGAACUGGAAAAGACUUAAGUUAAUUGUACAUUGUUACUGUAAUUUCUAUCAUUUUAGAGGAUGCAGGGGAGAAUUAAUCAUUAGUAUUCUAUGGCAAUACUUCUUACAUUUUCUUUUAGAUAUUUUGGAUGUUAUAAAUAUCGUAACUCAAAUAUUUAUUUAUUGGAUAUCUGGCUCCCAAAGUAAACAGUUGUAUUUGUGUAUUUUAAUUUUAUUUGUUAACUAUAUUUAAUAUGUCUCGUCUAAUUCAUACCAAAUUGUAUGAAUACCACAAUCGAUACCAUAGUCAUUGUUCAAGUACAUAAAAAUGUUAUAGCAAAGUUAUAACAAAAGAUACAGAGCUCACCUCAAAAUCCUAAAUUUUGAAAACUAUAUUGAGCCAUAUCGGAAUUAUCUCGAGUCCCUGCCUUCUAAUUUUAAUUGCAAUACUUGGGUUUUUAUUAAAAAUUCUUUUCAGUUUAAGAAAAUAAGGUGCAUUUUUUUUUUUUGUACAAUUUCAUUUCAUCAAUACAUCAGUGUCAGUGUGAUAAAAUGACUGGAUGAAUGUAUUACAGUAAGUGUAGGAGCACAGAAAUAGCCAUCUGCACACUGUAGUAAGCUCACAGCGCACAAAUAUCAUGUCCAGUAUCUGUAUUUUUGUUUGGACGGGUCACACUGAGUGGAAACUUUGGAAAACAGUGGUCAGAUGUUAUUACUUCUGCCAACCAAGAGUUUGAAAAGGUGUUUGAUAUUGUGUUAAAGAAUUGUAUUGUAAUUGCAUGUAAACUUUCAUAGAAACAAUAUAACAUUGUUAGUUAUGAGGUGUAACAUCAGUACAGCAGAUAAAGUUUGUUUGUUUGUUUGUUUUGCUUCACCAUGAAAGAUUGUAUAUUUACUUACUUCUUUCUUUAUUUAUUGCAGCAAAAACUUUCCAAAUAAAUUACA